AGUUUGUAUUCAUCAAGUUAAAAAGUAAGUGGCUUAGAUGCCGAGAUAGUGAGCAUUCAUUAUUUCCACCGUUUUGGAACUGUAUUUUCAUACGCAGAAAGUGAAAAGUCGGUGCAGCAACAGGGACAUCAAAAUAUUUUAGUGCACGUACAAGCGACAACUUUGCAUUUUCGGAAAGACAAGCAACUUUGCAAUGAGAUUUACUCCCCAUUGGUUAGUGAUGCAUUCCAGAGCUGAUGGAUGUCUUCUCAUGUUUUGCCUUGAAGAUUGUUUGGGAACAAUGUUUGAAACGCCUUCACAAGAUCUAAAUAUUUCCGGAGUGUUUGAUGACAGAAUUAAUCUUAUAACAAGCUAGAUGGAGUUGAAGGAAAACUGUAUCCCACGAUGGCUUAAACCACAGAACUUUAAAUAUUAUCAACGUCUCUGAAAACUACUGUCAACAUGGAUUCUCUGGGUGAUAGAAGAAUUAAAGCACAUGGCAAAAUUUAAUGGAAAUGAUUUAUAGUUUCAGCGCUUAAUUCCUCUUAAAGUGACUUUUGACAUGCACGGGCAUAAAUUCAAGAGAUAUGUAUUUUAAAAACCGCCAUGAAUGAAUGAAUUUUGUGUUCUGCCUGGGAAUUUGUUUCUAUUGAUUCGGUUUUUUGGGUGGCUCAGUUUAAUGCCUAUUUUUUGAAGCACACUUUCGAUGGAAAUGCUCACUGGUAAUGGUACUGAGUGUAAUGUAGAUGCCACAUUUGUCAAUAACAUUUAUGCUAUCACUUACACUAUUAUAAUGAUCCCUGGGUUGAUUGGAAAUGUACUUGCUUUAUGGAUCUUUUAUGCUUACAUCAAGGAGACCAAGCGAGCGGUAAUAUUCAUGAUUAAUCUUUCCAUCGCUGACUUACUGCAAGUUCUUUCUCUACCGCUCAGGAUAUUUUACUACCUGAAUCAGUCGUGGCCUUUCAGUCAUUUUGUCUGUAUGUUUUGUUUCUACCUGAAAUAUGUAAAUAUGUACGCAAGCAUAUUUUUCUUAAUGUGCAUUAGCGUAAGAAGGUUUUUGUACGUCAUUUAUCCUUUCAAAUUCAACGACAGAAAGCGAGUCUGUGAUGUGUAUAUCAGCGUUGUCGGAUGGAUAUUUGUAUGUGUCAGCUGCUUGCCAUUUCCGCUGCUAAGAGACAGCAAUAACACAACAACAAAUAACCGCUGUUUUGUGGAUCUUCCCCUGGUGGACAUUGGGAUGGCCAACUCUGUGUUAUUAGUAACAUUAGCAGAGCUCUUUGGAUUUGUCACCCCACUAAUCAUUGUCUUGUAUUGCUCCUGGAGGACUAUAAUGUCACUGAGAGAGCCAGACUCAAUUUCUCAGGACCUUGGAGAAAAGAAGAAAGCUCUGAAGAUGAUCUUGACAUGUGCUGUGGUAUUCUUAAUCUGCUUUGCUCCUUAUCAUUUAAGCUUCCCCUUGGACUUUUUGGUAAAAGCCAAUAAAAUAACUCAGUGCAAGCACAGGAAAGCUAUCCGAACAUUACAUCCAGUGGCCUUGUGCCUUGCCAGCUUGAACUCCUGUCUAGAUCCCGUCAUCUAUUACUUUACAACUGAUGAAUUUAAAAGAAGGCUAUCAAGGCAAGAUAUAGCAGACAGCAAUGAGCUGCAGAUGUACUGCAAUAAAGCCUUUGUGAAGAGAAAUUCAAGACCAGAACUUUAGCUUAUACAUUUCCGUACCACACGCCAAACCUACUGUCCAAUUCGAUACCAGAAAGGAAUUUAUACACCAAUAUUUUAUGAUAGGCUGUUUACUGUGACCUGCCUGCUGAUAUACCAUUUGUGACUGCUGACGCACGCAGAUACUACUUAAACCAUCCUGGUUCACUUCAGCUGACAGAAUUAAGGUUUAAACUCGUUUAAAACUAAAAAAUGAUUUUACUCAGAGCAAAAAUACACAUUUUUGGAAAUUUAUAACAAAAAUGAGAAAAUUGUCUAAAUUUCAGCAAACGCCAAUGAUUUCUGAAUUUAAUAUGCUGUUUGUGUAUCAUUCAAUCAUUCAGAGCCUGUUUAAGCUGACAGCUGAGCGUUUUCUGUCGGAUCGUGUCGGAACGACAAAAUGCAGGUGACAAAUCGAAUGUAGUGGCACGUGUUAAAAUAUAAUGGGACUGAACAAAAAAUCGCAGGUAUAAAGUACACACGAUAAGACCGUGGGAUGAAGACACCGCUUGCUCCGUUCACAUCUGACAGUUGUGGCGUGUCGGAUGGACUGUAGUUUAUACCUAUGAUUUUUCGUUCAGUCCAAUUAUAUUUUGACACAUGCCACUACAUCCGAUUUGUUGCCUGCAUUUUGUCGUUCCGACCAGGGUCGGACAGGCCCUGGAGGGAAACCGGUAAAAAAACCCGAUGGGCCCCAGUCCUUGAGGGCCCCGCCAACCCAGGCCUGCUACCUGUUCCAGAAACUUUGAGCACUCCUCCUGCAAGUAAGAGAACCUUGGCACAUAUGGGUGGGAGGUGAGGUGUAGGCUGGCGUUGCGUUUCAUAAACUUAAUGUGUUUAAGACUAGGACAGGCAGGGCCAGAACGAGUAGAUGACUGGUGGGUGCAUAUGCUGAAAGAAGUAGGAUGGCACACACUAGUAGCAAAUGUGCUAAAACAUAGGUGCUUUAUUUAGAUCUCAAACACAACGUUUCGGAGGUGCAACCUCCUUUAUCAAGUGUUCUCGACUGGGGGGUGCAGUUUUGCAAAUGAGUAAUGUGGUAAGUCUUUUACCUUCCGUUUGCCUUAUUUUCCAAACAAACCCUUUCAGUGCAAUCAUUUUGAGCCUCUACUGAACUCUGGCAGCAGUCAGACACUGUUGGAGUCACGGAGCAGAUCGGUACGUAUUUGCUGCUGUCACGCAGUGACUGAUCAGUGUCAGGGCCAGAGUUCAGCUUGAAGCAAUCAAUCCCGUAGCUCAGUGAUUGAAAGAAUUUGGCUGGUGCCAGAGUUUAUCUCUUUUGUACAGUGUGCUCCUCCAGGUUUGUUGUACUACAUAGGUCACACCGUGACUGCAAAUUAAAAGCAUGUCAAGUCUGAAGAAGAAGGGCACAGUGAAAAAAGUACUAGACUAGACACAAGCUAUAUGGAUGGUGGUGAGGGGGCAAAGCUACAGGGAAAGCAGAUAUAUAUGGCAUCUUAGGCAUAAAAGGAGAUAAAAUUACAAUAAAAAAAGUGGAUGAAGGUGGAUGAAGAAUUGUACAUUUGAGUUAAUGAGGGAGAACUGUACAUGUAGUGUGUAGAAGAGAAUGACACAUGGAAAGACAAAGAUGAGCAAAUUGCACAGAAAAUGAAGACAGAGAAACAAUGUUAAAAAUAAUUAAAAAGGAUCAGUGAAGGAGAAAAAUAUAUAGUAAGAGAGUAAAAUGAAUGAAAAAACAUUAAUGGAGGGGAGGAAAAAAAGAAGCAGGGAUCAGAAGAACUUGGAGUAAAUGGAAUUAAAAGAUAACGAUAUAUUAAGGGAUGGAAGGGGCACCAUCUGUCAGACUUGUCUAGUCCGCUAGAACACCUGGUUCUUACACUAGGGGUGGGGGUCCCAGAAGUAAAAACCCAGGUGGGCCCCAGACACCCCAGUCCGACGUGAUCCGACGGAAAACGCUCAUGCAGUUUAGCCCUAGGCCAUGCAAUUAUUGGUAAUGUUAAAAAUAAGUUAUUCCUCUGGAUUACAAUUCAUGGACUUUAGACUUUAGAAAUCAGCUCAUCACAUGUGAGGAAAUGAGCAAAUACAUGUAAAGCGAUUUUUUGCUUUUAAAUAUAAAAGUCACUUUUUUUUUAAAGCACUCCUAAUCCUUUGAAUUGUUUUUGUAUAUAAUACCCUUAAUUUAAAUGUGAAGUAGAUAAACCAGACAACAUUUUGUUCUGUAAGAUAGGAUUUUUGCUUAUGUCUAACUGCACAUAAAUGGGCUAAUAUUCUGAGCAGCAUCAUUUCCACAAUUUAUGUUGGUGCAUCCUGCUAAGCGAUAAAUUUUACAUUUAUAAAUUAUCUGUGUCUGUUUUGAUAAAUACUCUGACUUAGUAAAGUGAUUCGGAACCCCAAACAUUUGUUAGUUGUAAAUGGAGUUGCUACUGAACACAGUGUCUGUCUAUCCCGUUAAUUUCUGCCCUCAGCCCUUUUUCUGAUUAUUGAAACAAGCCAGCUCUGUUCCAGUCAAGACUCCAGUUUCCAGAAUGCCUUGCAUUCUUCCUCCCAGAUCUAUUUAAGGUAGGGAUGCAUCGAAUCGAUUUUUUUGGAUCCGGCCAAACCCCGGAAUCCUUUGUGAAAGAUUCGGACGAAUACCGAACCGAAUCCUAAUUUGCAUAUGCAAAUUAGGGGUGU